AUGCUGCCCGGGGCCCGAGCGCUGCGGGCGGCGGGGCUGCUGCUCCUGCCCGGGGCCGGGCCCCGCACUGGGGCCGGGCCCUUCACCGGGGCCGCCCGCAGAGCGCGCUGCGGGCCGGGACAGCGGCCGGAGGGGCGCAGGGCCGCGCUGCCCGCGGGGCCCGACCUGCGGCACUUCCUGAGGGCGGCGGCCGGGAAGGAGCCGGGGCCGCCUCCCGAGGCGAGCUCUGCCCCCGGGGCCGCGAAAGUUUACCUGGAGACCUACGGCUGCCAGAUGAACGUGAGCGACACGGAGAUCGCCUGGGCCAUCCUGCAGAGGAGUGGCUAUGCCAGGACGAAGGAGCUGGAUGAGGCAGAUGUGGUUCUCCUUGUCACCUGUUCCGUGAGGGAGAAGGCAGAGCAGGCCAUCUGGAACCGUCUGCAGCACCUCAAGGCGCUGAAGGCCCGGCGGCAGCAGGCUCGUGUCCCCCUGCGCAUCGGGAUCCUGGGAUGCAUGGCUGAGAGGCUCAAGGAGGAGAUUCUGCACAGGGAGAAGCUGGUCGAUGUCGUGGCAGGCCCUGACGCCUAUCGCGACCUGCCCCGGCUGCUGGCCGUGGCGCAGUCUGGCCAGCAAGCUGCCAAUGUCCUGCUGUCCCUAGAUGAGACUUAUGCAGACAUUCUGCCUGUCCAGACUAGUGCAGGUGGCACGACAGCGUUUGUGUCCAUCAUGCGGGGCUGUGACAACAUGUGCACCUAUUGCAUCGUGCCCUUCACCCGAGGCCGGGAAAGGAGCCGCCCCAUCGCAUCCAUCCUGCAGGAAGUGAGGAUGCUCUCGGAUCAGGGAGUAAAAGAAGUGACCCUCUUGGGUCAGAAUGUCAACAGCUACAGAGACCUGUCUGAGGUGCAGUUCCAGUCUGCAGCUGCCCCAGGCCUCAGCCGUGGCUUUAGCACAAUCUACAAAGCCAAACAGGGAGGUUUGCGCUUUGCACACCUGCUGGACCAGGUCUCUAGGAUUGAUCCAGAAAUGAGGAUCCGUUUCACCUCUCCACACCCCAAGGAUUUUCCUGAUGAGGUCCUGCAGGUCAUCCAGGAGCGACACAACAUCUGCAAACAGCUGCACCUCCCAGCCCAGAGUGGGAGCACACGAGUGCUGGAGGCCAUGCGGCGAGGAUACACAAGAGAAGCGUAUUUAGAUCUGGUGCACCACGUGCGUGACUCCAUCCCAGGAGUGAGCUUAAGCAGCGAUUUCAUCGCUGGGUUCUGUGGGGAGACAGAGGAAGAUCACCAGCAGACCGUGUCCUUGCUGAGGGAAGUCCGCUACAAUGUUGGCUUCCUGUUUGCCUACAGCAUGAGACAGAAGACCCGGGCGUAUCACCGGCUGCAGGACGAUGUGCCCGCGGCCGUGAAGAGGCGGCGGCUGGAGGAGCUCAUCACCACCUUCAGAGAGGAGGCUGCCACGGCCAACGUGGCGCUGGUGGGGCAGGACCAGCUGGUGCUGGUGGAGGGGCCCAGCAAGCGCUCUGCCUCGGAGCUGUGUGGGAGGAACGACGGCAACAUCAAGGUGAUCUUCCCCGAUGCUGAGCUGGAGGACGCUGCGGACUGCGGGGCUCCGGGCAGAGCCCGGCCGGGGGACUACGUGGUGGUGAAGGUGACCUCUGCCAGCUCGCAGACCCUGAGGGGAGUUGCGCUCUGCCGGACGACCCUGUCCCGUGCUGCUGCCUGUCGCUGAGGGUCCCUGCUGCCCGUGCAUGGAAGCAGCACAUUUUCUCCAGGGAGUGUUGUCAGGUGGAGAUGUGGUAGAAAACAGGGAGAUGUAUAUGUAUAUUAAAAUAUAUUUGUGAAAUAAUAACAUACAUAUUUCUGCUUUGGCUACAACCUACCCCUCAUAGAUGCGUGCGAGUUCGUAGGCCAAAGGGGUGGAAGGUGUGUGUGAACUUGCCAAGCACAAUUACUGUGAGACUGUGUGUUUUGACUUGCUCUGAGGCUUGACCUCACAGUGCUGCAGGUCAGUCCUCUGACUGCAACCACAUCUUCUAACACAGCCCAGCCUGAGAGAUGCAUGUGCAGAGCAGGUCCUUCCUACAAGCUGGGCUGAAUAUAGGAGCUGCAAAAGCUGGUAGUGCCUGAAAAAUACAGCUCCAGUAUUGGCAAAAUGCUUGGAAAGGGGAGGCAAAAACCCGCACCAUGCUCGUGUGGUGGAAUGCCAUGCUGGAAUAUGGAAUGUAAAAUGGUGUUUAGCGUGCACCAGUGAAUCUGAUGUGUCUGAGGCUGAGGGAAUGCAGCCUUGCCCUCUGGGGAAGACUGGAUCUCGGCUACAGAGGUUCUCCUUGUCUCCAGGCCUGGGGGAUGGCAUGGGAAGAGCUGGCUGCCAGCCAAGGGUCAUCUUCUGGCCUCUUAAAACUUGGGGUGCAGCUUUGUAAUCCAAACAUCCCUUUGCUCACUAAAGAAGUGGUUGUACCGAUUUAAAUAGCCAGUAAGUUCUUUAAGUGCAUCUGACAGCUCCUUGUUUUCAUCAGCCUGCAGCUGACCCCAGCUGCACUGUGUCACAUUCCAGCCUGCUCUGCAAAAUUCAAACAAGGACCUGUGACCUGCACUCAUGAGUAAACUGAUACGUGAGAAAGGAUCACCCCUUUUCAUACAGAUAAUCAUGUCAUUAGGAAAAAAUCUUGUGAAAGGCUCUAUCCAGUGACCAGUUUUGAAGGAACAGCUGGUAACAGAGCAGUCUUACAUGAAUUUGCAGAAUUUUUAAAUAAACAUGAAAGGGUUUUGCUCGAAA